AUGGCGUCUCAUAAGUUGCACCGGAAUUGCAUUGGGAAAGUCCUGCUUUGUUUUCUCCUGGCGACGCUGUGGAAGGUUGGAUCAGGACAGAUCCACUACUCCGUUCCCGAGGAGACAGAGAAGGGCUUUUUCGUAGGCGACAUCGAAAAGGACCUAGGACUGGAACCUCAAACACUGUUAGACGGUGGAGUCCGUAUUGUCUCAAGAGGUAAGACGCAGUAUUUUGCUUUGAAUGUCAAAAGCGGCGCCUUAGUUACCGCGGACAGAAUAGACAGGGAGGAGCUGUGUGGGAAAGCUUCCGGGUGCACUGUAAACAUAGACAUUCUGCUAGAAGACAAAGUGAAAAUUUAUGGAGUUGAAGUGGAAAUAAUUGAUGUUAAUGAUAACUCUCCCCGAUUUGAGACAAAGGAGACUGAAAUAAAAAUAAUUGAAAAGGAAGCACCAGGAACAAGGUUUCUUCUUCCUGAGGCUUUUGAUCCGGAUGUCGGGGUUAAUUCCCUCAAGAACUACCAGCUGAGCCAGAACCAUUAUUUCUCCCUGCAUGUGAAGAGAGGAAUCGAUGAGGCCAAGUACCCGGAGCUGGUGCUGGAGCGGGCUCUUGAUCGCGAGGAGAAGCCUGUUCACCAUCUCACCCUCAUAGCCUCAGAUGGGGGAGAUCCGGUGCGCUCUGACACCAUGAACAUUAGUGUGACUGUCCUUGAUGCAAAUGACAACUCUCCGAUUUUUACUCAAUCCUUGUAUACUGUGAAUGUUCCUGAAAAUGUGCCAGUGGGAACCUGGCUGCUCACAGUGAAUGCCACUGAUCCCGACGAGGGAAUCAAUGGAAAGAUAAAUUAUUUUUUUAGGAAAAUAACCAAAAAAACUUCUCGAGUAUUCAGAUUGGAUUCUCUAACUGGUGAUAUAAUAGUACUGGAAAAUCUAGAUUAUGAGGAAUCUAGUUUCUAUGACAUAGAUAUAGAAGCCCGUGAUGGUCCUGGACUUCUGGACAGAGCUAAAGUUCUAAUCACAGUAUUGGAUGUAAAUGACAAUGCUCCCGAUGUCACCGUCACCUCUGUCACCAGUUCAAUCUCUGAAAAUUCUUCUGCCGGGUCCAUAGUUGCGCUUUUCAAUGUGCACGACAGAGACUCUAGGGAGAAUAGCCAAGUCACGUGCUCCAUCCCAGAACAUCUGCCUUUCAAACUCGAAAAGUCCUAUGGAAAUUAUUAUAGUUUGGUAACCGACAGAACCCUGGAUCGGGAGCAAGUCGACAGGUAUAACGUCACCGUGACAGCCACAGAUGGGGGAAAUCCCCCUCUGUCAACUAACAUUUACAUCUCCCUGCACUUAGAAGAUACCAACGACAACCCCCCAGCCUUCCUCCAGACAUCUUACUCAGCCUAUAUCAUGGAGAACAAUCCUAGGGGAACUUCCAUUUACUCUCUGACAGCCCGAGACUCUGAUAGUGAGGAAAAUGGUCAUGUCUCUUACUCCAUUACAGAUGACUCAGUACAUGGUGCACCCCUCUCCUCCUAUGUUUCCAUUAACUCUGAAACUGGUGUCCUCUAUGCACUUCGUUCCUUCGAUUAUGAACAGUUACGAGAACUGAAGCUAGGAGUGACAGCCAGGGAUUCUGGGAACCCUCCUCUCAGUAGCAAUGUGUCUCUCACUCUUUUCAUCCUGGAUCAGAAUGACAACACCCCAGAAAUAUUAUACCCAACCUUACCUACCGAUGGUUCUACUGGAGUGGAGCUGGCCCCACGCUCCGCAGAACCAGGCUACCUGGUGACCAAGGUCGUGGCAGUGGAUGCAGACUCUGGCCAGAAUGCCUGGCUGUCCUACCGCCUGAUCAAGGCAACAGAUCCUGGACUCUUCUCCAUGGGCCUCCUUUCAGGGGAGAUCAGAACAGCCAGAGCCUUCAUGGACAAAGAUACCCUCAAGCAGAAUCUUGUGGUGGCAGUCACAGAUAAUGGAGAUCCUCCUCUCUCUGCCACUGUCAGUGUCACAGUGGCAGUCGCUGACACAAUUCCUGAGGUCCUUUCUGAUCUCAGCAGCCUGGCAUCCUCAGAGCCCCCCAAAGACUCUUAUCUCACCCUCUAUCUGGUCAUUGCAGUGGCUUCAGUAUCCUGCCUCUUUUUUUUCUUCAUUAUUGUUUUAUUGGCCCAAAGGCUUUACCAGUGGCAGACCUCUAAGAUAUUAGAAUCCAGCAGUGGGCAUUUUCAAGAUAUCCCAGCCUCAGAGGUUAUGGGCAUAGAUGGAGUAAGAGAUUUUCUGCAAUCAUAUUCUCAUGAGGUUUCUGUCACCACAGACUCUAGAAAAAGCCAGGUGGUAUUCAAUCAGCCUAACUAUACAAAUAAUUCAAUCAUGCAACAGAGCUCUGAGAAAAAGGAAACUUUAUUAAUAUCUGAUGAGUCAGUUCUCUAUAAAGAGAAUCCAUCAUUCAUUCAGGUAAGCUUGCCUUAUCCUUAUAUAUUUGUUCUGGACCUGAUAUUUCUUAUAUAUUAA